UAGCUGCAGACACAAAAGGGCAUCAUCGUAAUUCAGAUGAUGUUACUUACAACAUUUGGCGUCCAAUAAAUUCAAAUCGAUAGACACUGAAAAGCUCUGCGAAGUUCUUGUGAAGCAGAUGAUCCGAUCUUUCCUUUUUCUUCACCAGUUUUCUUCUUUCAUACAAAAGCAGACACAGUGCAAAUCCACAGUAACUCAAGAAGAGAUAGACGUAGACAGAACUCAAAAAAGCUUCCAUUUUCACCUUUCUGUUGAUCGCUUUUAUUUUUUCUGUAAAAAGCCAUCUUUUGUGUUGAUACUUUCUGCAUUAUUUUCUUCCAGUUUUAUAUCUUGGUCGGUCCAAGAAACUCUAUAUGCAAAGGUUUCUUCUAAAAUAAAAAAAAAACACAACAAAGAAGACUUUCUUGUUCUUGUUGUGUGUUUGUUGAGAUGAGAGCAGAUUUGAUUACAAUACAGCAAACGCUGACGCCGGAAGCAGCGACUGUUCUCAACCAGUCGAUCGCCGAGGCGACACGUCGCAACCAUGGCCACACGACGCCUCUCCACGUGGCGGCCACGCUCUUAUCAUCUUCCUCUGGCUUUCUCCGACAGGCUUGCAUCAAAUCCCACCCGAACUCCUCUCACCCGCUCCAGUGCCGAGCUCUCGAGCUCUGUUUCAGCGUCGCCCUCGAACGCCUCCCUACUACAACGACCACCACUUCCUCUCCGUCGCAACCGCAGGAGCCGCCGCUGCUUUCAAACGCUUUGACCGCGGCUUUAAAACGCGCUCAGGCUCAUCAGCGUCGUGGUUGCCCGGAGCAGCAGCAGCAACCGCUUUUGGCAGUUAAAGUCGAGCUCGAGCAACUCAUCAUCUCGAUUCUUGAUGACCCGAGUGUGAGCCGGGUCAUGCGCGAGGCUAGCUUCUCUAGCCCCGCCGUUAAAUCCGCGAUCGAACAGUCGCGUUUUGGUAAUUCAAGAACCGUUAACCAAUCUGCAAUUGGAUUCGGUUAUCGACCCGUACCGGUUCCGGUUAACCGGAAUCCUUACCUUAAUCCCCGGUUUCAGCAAAACGAACACUCGGGUCAGCGGAGCACCGACGAAGAAGCUAAACGGGUCGUGGAGAUAAUGACCCGGACCCGGAAGAGAAACCCGGUUCUCGUCGGCGAUUCGGAGCCUCGAGUUAUCGUGAAAAAGAUUCUCGGGAAGAUCGAGAACGGCGACGGACCGCUUCGCAACUUCCAGGUGAUCCGGUUAGAGGAGGAGUUAGCUUCUUCUUCGACGAGGUUUGGUGAAAUCUCCGGUUUAGUGGAGACCCGGUUAGGAAACUCGGAGUUAACCGGCGGUGUUGUUCUCGAUCUCGGCGAUUUGAAGUGGUUAGCGGCGAAUGGUGGCGGAGGAGGAGCUGUGGUGGAGAUGAGGAAGCUUUUGGAGAGAUACAAAGGAAGGUUGUGUUUCAUUGGUACAGCCACGUGUGAGACUUAUCUUCGUUGUCAAGUUUAUUACCCUUCGAUGGAGAAUGAUUGCGAUCUUCAAGCGAUUCCGAUCGCCGCUAAAUCGCCUCUUCCGACCAUGUUCCAAAGGUUUGGGAGCAGUAACAUAAUCUCAACUGAAUCGAUAUCUCCGACAAGAAGCCUUCAGAUUCCGACAGGAAAAAUGAACUGCUGUUAUCAGUGUUUACAGAGUUACGAAAACGACGUCGUGAAACUGGAAAAAUCCUUAACCGAACAUAACCGGUCCGUCUUGCCACAGUGGCUGCAGAACGCUAAAGCCGAUGACGUAGGUGACAAGAAACUUACAAAAGAUCAAGAGAUUGUGGAGUUGCAGAAGAAAUGGAACGACUUGUGUUUACGUUUACAUCCAAAACCAAACUCAAGAUCAGACAUAACUCCACCAGGGAGUCCGGUCGGUACAGAUUUGGUUCUCGGACGGUCCAACAGAGUUGUAUCCUCACCAGACAAGAAGACACGAGAUUCGUUCGAUAUAGAUUUAUUCAAGAAGCUACUAAAGGGGUUAGCUAAAAGCGUUUGGUGGCAGCACGACGCUGCCUCUUCAGUAGCAUCAGCCAUUACAGAACGCAAACACGGAAACGGGAAACCAAAGGGAGAUAUCUGGUUGAUGUUCACAGGUCCAGACAAAACCGGGAAGACCAAAAUGGCAUCGGCCAUAGCAGAUCUUGUCUCGGGAAGCCGACCGAUAACUAUCAGCCUCGGCUCUGGCUCCAGUACGGAUGAUGGUUCAAGCCUCCGUGGUAAAACGGCGUUGGAUAGAUUAGCGGAAACGGGUAGGAGAAACCCGUUUGCGGUUAUUGUAAUGGAAGAUAUUGAUGAAGCUGAUGUGUUGCUACGCAACAACGUGGAGCUAGCGAUGGAACGUGGGAGGAUAUGUGAUUCGUAUGGGCGAGAGGUUAGUCUUGGUAACGUUAUUAUCAUCCUUACCGUAAACUCCUCGCUAGGUUUAGCUGAAAACGCUGCUCCCAUCGAGGAAGCGAGACUAGAGAGUCUUGUGAGCAAGGGAUGGAAGCUGAGGCUGUCUGUUUCGAAAACCCGAAAACGAAAACCAAACCGGCUUUGUAGUGACCAGGCAAAGCAGAGGAAGGAGAUAUGUUUCGAUUUGAACGAAGAAGCGGCUGAGUUUGAUUCGUCAAGUGAUGUAACGGUGGAGCAUGAUCAAGAUGAUGAUAGUAGCUUUGUCCACAAGCUAGUGGCUUUAGCUGACGACGCUAUAGUCUUUAGACCUGUUGAUUUCGGUUUGAUCAAGAGCAUGACCGCAGAGUCUUUGAAGAAACGUUUCUCUAAUAUAUUAACUGUGGAGAUUGAAGACGAUGCUUUGGAGAGAAUAGCCGGUGCGGUUUGGCUCAGCAAGAUUAGCUUAGAGGAAUGGCUUGAUGAAGCAAUGGGUUCGAGCUUGAAUAGUGUUAAGUCUCGAGUGCCUUCUGUGGAAGAUUCUGUGGUUAGGAUUGAGCUUGAAGAUGAUGUGAAUGAUCGAGUGUCCGGAGGUUAUCUUCCGAGUAGUGUAAGAACGUUGGUCGUUUGAGUUUUUGUUGUUGUCCCGGUGAGGGGUAGAUUCGUAAUUAUGAGAAUUGGUAAGGGGGAAAGAUGUAAAUACAAUUAUCUCCAAACCGUCCUUGGCGGGGAGGGAAAAAGUUCGGUAACAUAUUAAACAGUAAAAAAGAGGUUAUGAAAUGUUUAUAUUA